AUGGCAGCGCCAGGAGGUGGGAUAGGAGCGGGCGAGCUGCGGCUGCUGGGCACAUGGUCGAGCCCAUGGGUGAUCCGAGUGAGGGUGGCGUUGGGGCUCAAGGGCCUGAGCUACGAGUACAUGGAGGAGGACCUCGCCAACAAGAGCGAGCUCCUGCUCCGGUCCAACCCGGUGCACAAGAAGGUGCCGGUCCUUAUCCACGGCGGCCGCCCGGUGUGCGAAUCGCUCGUGAUCCUGCAGUACAUCGACGAGAUCUGGCGGGGGACCGGUCCCGCGCUACUCCCGUCCGACCCCUACGACCGCGCCACGGCACGGUUCUGGGCGGCCUACAUCAACGACACGUUUUUUCCGGCGUUUAGGGCGCUGUUCAGAUCGCUGACGGACGAGCAGAGAGCGGAGGCGCUCCAGAACGCCCUCCCUGCGGUGGAUACGUUGGAACGGGCGUUCACGGAGUGCUCCAAGGGGAAGGCGUUCUUCGGCGGCGACGCCUUCGGGAUCGUGGACAUCGCGCUCGGGAGCCACCUGGUUUGGAUCAGAGUGGUAGACGAGGUGGGAGGCACCAACCUUCUGGACGGUGCCAAGUUCCCGGGCUUGGCGGCGUGGGCGGAUCGGUUCGUGGCCGUGGACGCCGUGAAGAAUGUGAUGCCGGACGUGGGGAAGGUCUUGGAGCAGUACAAGGGGUUUCGAGCUAAAUGGAUUGCAGCCGCUGAUUCUACCUGA